AUGAUUUUAAUUAAUUUACAAAUUUGUUUUCUUUAUUUUGUUGGGUUGUUUAGCUUUAAUUAUUUAUUGUUGUUUUCUAAUGGUUAUCCAAUCACUCAUAAUUUUUUCGAGAAAGAUCAAUUACUUUUUGUACAAACUAUUUGGAGACACGGCGAUCGUUCGCCUAUUUACAUUUACCCAAAUGAUCCAAACAAGGAGAGUGCUUGGCCUAAUGGAUUUGGUGAACUUACAACGAGAGGAAUGGCCCAGCAUUUUCAUUUGGGCAAAUUCUUGGGGAAUCGAUACAUUGAUGAACUACAAUUCCUUUCCCCUCACUAUCGGAGUGAAGAAAUAUUUGUGAUUUCGACUGAUACUAACAGAACAAUUCAAAGUGCAACUGCAAAUAUGAUGGGAAUGUAUGGAGGGAGAGGACGUUGCGGGAUUGAUUACCCAAAUCUGGUUGAAUGGCCUGCACCGUUCGUUCCCAUCCCUAUUCACAGCUAUGAGUUUAUGAAGGAUCCGGUAAAUUAAUAAAGUUUCCCUUG